AUGAAGGUCGCGCGAAUAGACAAUUACAAGGAAUGCGGCUCAACUAUACAUUAUAGUAAGUCGAGUUUUGUUUUAUUGUUUUGGGUUGGUUAAAAAUUAAUAUUGACCUGAUUCUGUGAUAAUUCAGGAAAGAAAUCGAAAAUUAAAAAUCAUGUUUUAUGGUCAGAAAAAAGAUAAGCCGAGAGUGAUUCAAUUUUUUUCAUUGUUUUUAGACGAAACUUGAUGGAAAGCAAGGCUAGGAUUUUCCAACGCUUAUGCGAAAUUUCUACUUUCCUAAUCUUUGCAAAAAUAGCCGAAAAAAUGGCCCUUCUCCCGAAAAUAGUCGCCGCAAAAAGCACUGUGCAUGAAUUUAAAAAAAGCAUUUCGCACCGUGCAUCCGCCCAAAAAGUGGGUUUGCACAGUGCAAUUUUUUCUUUUGCCUUACGUCGCGCGCGAUUCCUCUUUUUCGCAGCGCAAAAAAUUCCCAGGACUUUUAGCGCCGACUAGGCCACUCUCCGCAUUUGGCGUUCACUCUCGGUGGCAAAGAUUGUUGAAAAACACGAUCUCAAAUUUUCUGAAAUUGAUAAAGGCCUGUGCGCAAAGUGCGUGUUAAAUUAUAAUAGAAGGAAUAUGAGGGACGCAUCACUUCCUUUUUCAAUAUUUUUUUUGUUGAUUAAAAAGACAUGAAAUGCUGCUGUUUCGCGAGAAAAAUGAUGGAGAAGCAUAGUUUUGACCUAAAUCAUCAUAAUUUUUUUUAACCCUGUUCACUUUGAGAAACGUAUUUUUGACCUAAAUCAUCAUGAAUUUUAUCCCGGUUCACAUUGAGAGACAUAUUUUUGACCUAAAUCAUCAUAAUUUUUUUAUCCCGGGUCACUUUGAGAAACAUAUUUUUGACCUAUAUCAUCAUCAUUUUUCAUCCCGGUUCACUUUCAGACACCUCUCUGCAGCCCCAUUUCCUCCAUUCAGCUCCAUCCACAUCCAAGUUCAAAACAUAUGCAGACAUCUUCAACACCGACCCCAGUCCCUUGUACGACUCUUCGCGGCCGUGUUGCUAUAUUUGCUUUGACGUCACCCCCACUGUAACCUGCCGGUACUGCGAGCAAAAGGUCGGUUGCGCGGAGUGCAUGGAGACUUGGGCGAGGUGCAAGUGGAACAGUUACGAGGAGACAACGUGUCCGCUGUGCAGAGUGGAAUGGCCCGGGUAUUACGAGGAUCUGUUGAAGAACAAGAAUUGA